AACGCUCUUAUAAAGUGCGUGCGCGAGCCACUUUGCAGUUCAGAGCACUCACGCGUUCUGGGAUUCUAUCUGGAGACGAGCAAGGAGAACUUUACCACACAUUUUAUCCUACAAAAUUGAAAUUAAAUUAGAUAUAUCUAUUUUUUUUAUUUUUUUUUUCCCGCCGCCCCAGUGGAACGACGCACUGAUCUUUGGAUGCCCGUGCGUAAAGAUAUUUAUCUCCAAAUCAAGUUUACGCACAAAACCAGAGCAAAAAAAAAAAAAAAGGAUUUUUUUUUUUGCGAAGUUUAAAGACUUUGACCAGAUUUAUUCUGGCAAGGUAAAGUCGCUUUCAAAGACUUUCAGCGUUCAGGCUCCCGUUUCACGCGUAAACUUGGCAGCAACCCGUUACGCGUAUGAAUCUUCUCGACCCUUACCUGAAGAUGUCGGAGGAACAAGACAAGUGUCUGUCCGAUGCCCCGAGCCCCAGCAUGUCCGAGGACUCCGCGGGCUCUCCGUGCCCGUCCGGCUCCGGUUCCGACACCGAGAACACGCGGCCGUCGGAGAAUGCGCUGCUCCGGGUGGAGGCGGCUCUAGGCGACUUCAAGAAGGACGAGGACGACAAGUUCCCCGCUUGCAUACGUGACGCUGUGUCCCAGGUGCUCAAGGGCUACGACUGGACCCUGGUGCCCAUGCCGGUGCGCGUAAACGGAUCUACCAAGAACAAGCCUCACGUGAAGAGACCGAUGAACGCCUUCAUGGUUUGGGCUCAGGCUGCGCGGAGGAAGCUGGCUGACCAGUACCCACACCUGCACAACGCCGAGCUCAGCAAAACAUUGGGCAAACUUUGGAGACUUCUCAACGAGGGCGAGAAGCGGCCGUUUGUGGAGGAGGCUGAGCGGCUCCGUGUGCAGCACAAGAAGGAUCACCCUGACUACAAGUACCAGCCGAGGAGGAGGAAGUCCGUGAAGAAUGGGCAAAGCGAGGCCGAGGACGGCAGCGAGCAAACCCACAUUUCUCCCAAUGCCAUCUUCAAAGCACUGCAGCAGGCAGACUCUCCGGCCUCCAGUUUGGGAGAGGUGCACUCUCCUGGGGAGCACUCAGGUUCCCAGGGACCGCCAACCCCUCCCACUACCCCAAAAACUGACGUCAGCUCUGGCAAGAUGGACCUAAAGCGAGAAGGAGGUCUCAGAUCCCUCCCUGAUGGCACCAGCCAGCGGCAACUGAACAUCGACUUCCGUGACGUGGACAUCGGAGAGUUGAGCAGCGACGUCAUCUCCCACAUCGAGACCUUCGACGUCAACGAAUUCGACCAGUAUCUCCCACCGAACGGCCACCCGGGGUCCGUUAGCGGGCCCGGUACACCUGUCGCCUACACCGGCAGCUACAUCAGUGGCGGCGCUCCGGUCAGCCCGGCAGCAGGAGCGGCCUGGAUGCCUAAAAGCCAGAACCAGCAGGGACAACAGCAGCAGCAGCAGCAGCACACCCUCACCACCCUGGGUGGCAGCGGAGGUGGCGCCGCUUCCGAGCCGGGUCAGGCUCAGCACAGGACCCAGAUCAAGACGGAGCAGCUGAGCCCGAGCCACUUCAGUGAGCAGCAGGGCUCUCCGCAGCACGUCACCUACAGCCCCUUCAACCUGCAGCACUACAGCCCCACGUCGUACCCGGCCAUCUCCAGGGCGCAGCAGUACGACUUCACCGACCACCAGGGGAGCGCCCCCUCGUUCUACAGCCACGCGGGCGCCGGCCAGGGCUCGGGCCUCUACUCGACUUUCAGCUACAUGAGCAGCCCCAGUCAGAGGCCCAUGUACACACCCAUUGCUGACAACACAGGGGUGCCCUCCAUCCCCCAGAACAGCCCCCAACACUGGGAGCAGGCUCCGGUUUACACCCAGCUCACCAGACCCUGAAGCCCCCCCCCCCCACCCUCCCCCUCUCAACUCCCACAUUCACAUAACACAUUUGACACACAUGUACAGCCACAUUCAUGCAUCCCAAAACACUUUAUUCCGAGCAGACGUCCCCCACUCCUUCCAGAUGGUCUCUCUGAAUCAGACACUUGAAGUCAAAGAGGAGGAGAGUCAGACUUGUGAUUGGCUCACGCCGUGCCUUGCUAUUGUACCAUGAUAGAAUCUUUAUAGAUAUAUAUUUUUAGAAAGUUGAAAAGACUUGAGAAAGUCCUCUGUGAGGAUUUGAUUGUUCAUAUUUCUGUAGGUUUUUUUUUGGGAUUUUUUUUUUUGUCUUCAUACGCUGGCAGUUUCUUACCCACAGGGUUGUUUAUGAUGGUUAUUUCUGGCUUCUAUUUUAAUCAGUCUAACAACUAACAACAACAUCUGCUUUUUGUUUAUUUCUUUGCUGUUGUUUUUUUUCAUACUUCUGAAUGUGUCAUUCCAAUUUACAUUUAAUGAUGAUUAUCCAUGUCAUGUGUGAAAAUCAUUGGGAAAGCAAUUAGGUAAUAGACACUCUUCAUUGCCAAUAUUGUGCAGAGUUGAGUUGAGCACCACCCGUGCCUUUGAUUUCCUGCAUUUUCUCCAGUGUUUGUAUAUGUAUGCGACAGUGUACGUGUAUGCGUGUGUGUGUGUGUGUGUGUGUGUGUAUGUGUGUGUGUGUGUGUGUGUGCGUAUGUGUGUGUGUGUGUGUGUGUGCGUAUGUGCGCUUGCCAACAGCUGAGAUUACACUUACCAUUCAGCAGCGUGUGUUUGACAGCUACAGGAAGUCCCCUUUGACCUCUGGGGUGUCCCCUGCUGUCUCCUUGCCCGCUGAUAUAACCCAAUCCCCUCAGCCCUUCCCAAUUUAAAGAACUAUUUAUUUAUUUCCUUUAAUGUUAUUGUGAAUGAAUAUUUUUCAUUCGAGUCUUAUUAUUAUUGUCUUUUUUUUUUAAUAAUGUACACAGCAUAUCUCUUCAUUUUCAUUUGGAUUUUAAACCCAGGGGGUACUAAUACAAAAUGGUACAUGCUGUAAUCAUCUUUAUUUAUCUUAUAUUAUCUGAAUUUCUAUUUUAAUUAUGUAUUUGCCUUUCUUUUUGGGUUGGGGGGCUAUCUUACAACAUUUUAUUUGUGAAUUGUCUUUAAGUUUAACUGAGGCUGAAAGAACUGGAAAAUAUUAUAUACGUUAGAACGUUUUUACAGUGUACAUUUUGCUUUUUUUCUGUAAACUCCAAUCCCAUCUCACAGUAUCAACCCAUCCCUCCACUUCUGCUCUUUACAGUAUUUGUACUGUCUUUAAAGAAUGUUUUGUAUCUGUAUUUGCA